AUGCCAUUUGCUCCAUUCGUUGGUGUCAACCAUCAUGGCCAAUCUAUAUUGUUAGGCUGUGGUUUGUUAUGUUCAGAGGACACAAAUUCAUUUGUUUGGCUAUUUAAAUCAUGGCUUCGGUGCAUGUCCAAUAGACCACCCGAAGGAAUUGUUACGGAUCAGUGCAAAGCAAUGAAGAAAGCCAUAAAAUUAGUGUUUCCUAUCACUCGUCAUAGGUGGUGCUUGUGGCAUAUAAUGAAAAAAAUACCUAAGAAGUUACAAAGUUAUGCAACUUACAAAGAUAUCAAGCGCCAACUUAAGCAAGUUGUGUACAAUUCUGAUUCCGUUGAUAAUUUUGUUUAUGGAUGGGAGAGGAUGAUAACAACCUUUUCACUUCACACGAAUGAAUGGCUUUCUUCACUUUACGAAGAACGUCAUAGGUGGGUUCCUUGUUACUUGAGAAACAGUUUUUGGGCUGGCAUGUCAACAACUCAAAGAAGCGAGAGCAUGAAUGCAUUCUUUGAUGGAUAUAUUAACUCACACACUACUCUUCAAGAAUUUGUUAAACAAUAUGACCAUGCACUACAACACAAGACAGAGAAAGAGACCCAAGCUGACUUCACGUCAUUAAACACAACUCUUCCAUGCGGUUCACAAUCACUCAUAGAGCGGCAAUUCCAAAAGCAUUACACACAUGCUAAGUUUACAGAAAUACAAUCAGAAUUAGGAGGUAAAAUUAAUUGUUUCGUUGAUGGCGUUGUGGUACACGAUAAUUUGUCAUUGUACAAGGUCAUGGAGGACUCCAUUCAUAAUGAAAUAAGGGAAGAGAGGACAUUCAUGGUUACAUUUCAACGAGACACAAUGGAUGUUAAUUGUAGUUGUUUGCUUUUUGAGUUUAGGGGCAUUAUAUGUAGACACUGUGUUUGUGUUUUGGCCCAAGAGCGAGUAACAGAGGUUCCUGCUAAGUACAUACUCACAAGAUGGUGUAAAAGUGUCCGCAAAAAGCACACGUAUAUUAGAGCAACAUACAACAACAAGGAAAAGGACCCACAUAUUGAACGAUAUGAUAACUUAAUGAAGACUUUUGGAAAUAUUGCUGAGAUUGUUUGUGAGUCAGUACACAUGACACAAUUAUUGGUUGACAACCUUAGUUCAUUUAUAAACAAGCAUGGCCUACAAAUUUCAUCUUCACCAUACGUCGACAACAAUAGCCACAUACAAGAACAACACCUGUAUGAUAGUAACAUAGGCCAUGAUGUAGACACCACUACAAACACUGUUCAAAUCCAAAGACCUAAAAGUGUGAAGCGAAAGGGUUGA